UUGACAGUCGUGACUGGUGAAUUUUUUGUUAGUAGAAAUUGUUUAAAAAACAUUCUUUUAGAAAGAAGCCGCAAUUUUUGGUGCAUUUUUUGCUAAUAAUUAAACAAAAAACUAUUCAAAAUCUUUAAAAAACCUAAUUAACAAUGUCUCGCGGUAGUUCAGCUGGUUUUGAUAGACACAUUACUAUCUUCUCUCCCGAGGGUAGACUUUAUCAAGUUGAGUAUGCUUUCAAGUCUAUUAAUCAGGAGGGUAUUACCUCUGUAGCUAUUAAGGGUGCAGAUUGUGCUGUGGUAGCUACCCAAAAGAAAGUUACAGAAAAACUAAUUGAUCCCUCAACUGUUACACACUUGUUUAGAAUAACCAAAAAUAUUGGCUGCUGCAUGACCGGUCGCAUAGCCGAUAGUCGUUCUCAAGUGCAAAAGGCACGUUAUGAAGCCGCCAACUGGCGUUAUAAGUAUGGCUAUGAUAUGCCCGUGGAUGUUUUGUGUCGCCGUAUUGCUGACAUUAAUCAGGUGUACACACAAAAUGCUGAAAUGCGUCCUUUGGGUUGCAGCAUGGCUUUGAUAGCCUAUGAUGAUGAAAAUGGUCCCUGUGUCUACAAAACUGAUCCAGCUGGCUACUAUUGUGGUUUCCGUGCCGUUUCUGUGGGUGUUAAACAGAUUGAGGCUAAUAGUUAUUUGGAAAAGAAAUACAAAAGUAAUCUAAAUGAAGAGAAAACCAUUCAACUGGCCAUUACCUGUUUGUCUAAUGUUUUGGCUGUGGACUUUAAGCCUAAUGGCAUUGAAAUUGGUAUCGUUAGCAAGGAUAAACCAGAAUUCACAAUACUUUCCGAGAAAGAUAUUGAAGAUCAUCUUACAAAGAUAGCCGAAAAGGAUUAAAUUACAGAAUUGGACAGCAGAAAAACAUUUAAAAUGUAACUACUGUUUGGGGAAAAUAAAAUUUUGAAAUUAUUCUAAGAA